CCAGUGUUGAUGGUGAAAAGCAAGACAGAGGUGGAGGAUGGAAUGGAGAUGCACAUCUGCCAGGUCCACGGCUUCUACCCCAGGGAGAUCGAUGCCUUCUGGACGAGGGAUGGGGAGGUCUGGCUGCAGGACACCCUCCAUAAGCCUCUGGCCCCCAACGCGGAUGGGACCUACCACUACUGGCUCAGCAUCCGGAUCGACCCCAAAGAGAGGAGCCGCUACCGGUGCCACGUGGAGCACGACGGCCUGCAGGAGCCUCUGGACCUGGCCCUGGAAGAACCAAAAUCCAACCUGGGGAUCAUCAUCGGCUGCGUGGUGGUUGCUCUUGUCCUGGUGGGUGUGAUUGCUGGGAUCCUGGUAUUCCUCAAGAGACGACAGGGUGGCUACAAAGCAACGCCAACAAGUGACAAAGGAUCCAACAGUUCAGACCAGGGUAAGUCAGAGGAGCUGCUGCUGCUGCAUGAGCCAUUCUGUCCCUUUGGAAGAUUCUGGGUGGACGAGGGGAUGGAAAGAGGAGAGACCCCCCCACUUUUGAAAGGCCCUCCAGAUCCAUCCUCCUUUUUUCCCUCUGCUUCUGGUGGAACCAUUGGAAUAAUUGCACCCACUGUGGCUUAG